AUGUCGUCUUGUCCAUCAACUGGCACCAGAUACGGUGUCUGCCCUGCGUCCUCUAAUGUCUUCGCUGGUUAUGGACCCAGAGGGUGUGCCUGGCUAGGUACUUCACAACCUUCUUCUGCCACUUUAUACGGCGCGCCUCAAGGACCGGAUGCAAUUCAGACAGCCCUCGAAAAGGAGAGAAAAACAAUUGUCGAAGUCUUACUUCCCACCGCACCUCCCAAAGAUCUCUCCUCCUCGAGGGCUAUGCUCCAAAAUGCCGAUUCUUUGAACCCACGUGAGCUCGAUGUACUCGCUAUAGCGCUUGGUGCCCCAGCUCGUCGAGUCCUAGAAAGGGCGGACAAUAUCGGUCCAAGAACUGGUUGGCGAGAUGGAUUCCUCUCGACGAAGCACGGUCUUUGCCCGGCUGAUCCCAAUGUGGCCCCGGCUGCGCUGGCGCUCACGCAAGGAAGAAUUUGGUCGGACCUUUGUGCACGUCUUCCUGGGUUGAUUGCUCGAGGAAGGGUGCGUGAAGCCAUUCUUGACUUACCUUUAGUUGGCGCAAGCCCCGAAACGAUACCUGAUGCGGCGCUGUGGGCCGCAGUUGUGUGCUUAGGGAUUCUGGCGAGUAUCUGGAGGUAUGAGGAAAAUAACGACGGGCAUGAAGGGAUCAAACACCUCGGCGCACGCAAAGAGAUUUUCUACAAUAUUCAAGGAGAACUGGACGAGGAACCUGAGACCAAAGGCAUCCCACGGAAUGUUGUAAUACCAUUUCGACAGGUGUGUGUACGGUUAGGACGACCAUUACCGUACCUGUCCCAGUCAGAUGUAUCGUUACACAACUACAAGAUACGUGACCCCACCUCAGUCUAUCCUUACCUUGCUCGUGCCGAAAAUAUGGAUCUCCGGUGGCCUAUCUUCAAUGACCGCGGUGAAGCAAUGUUCUUACUAUGUAUGGCGGAAGUCCAUGGCCUCUUCACACCCGGUCCUGACCUCAUCGCUCGCUGUCAAGAGUGUGUUAUGGAAAAGGAUAAUGAAGGUUUACUAGUCGAGCUACUCAAACUGAAAGAGGUUGUCGAUCAACUUUCAUACGUAUUUCACAAAAUAUCCGUCAACCCGCACGCAGGCGAGAACUUCGCUCCUCCAGCUGCAUGGGGGCAGGGAUAUGCGAAGUUUUCAGCGCCACUCUCCAAGAGACUACCCGCACUCUCUGGAUUGUUUCUUCCCAUAUUCCAGGUCAUGGACACUUUCUUGAUGCGUCAAAAUUUCAAAUCCUUUCUCGGAGUUGAAUCCAUUCAUCUUCGAGCAUGGAUGCCUCUCAAUGUUCGAGCUUUCUUGGCUGCCAUAGAGAACCAUUAUCCAGCGGUACCAUAUAUAAAGGCAUCCAACGAUCCUCGCCUUAUCGGAGUAUUGGAUGCAAUUGUGGAGAGUUAUGCUGGAGAGAAGGGUUUCAUGGGAACACAUCGAUACAAGGUUUACGGAUUCCUAGAGGUUGUGGCGAAGACCGGACGAGUUGAAACCAAUGGAAACGCCGGUGCUGCUGAUGCUGCUGGUCGGCCAUGGCAGGAAGUUCACCGAACACUGGCUGACUCGAUGAAAGAACGUCUCGAACCGUACAGAUCAAAAGCAGUGUUAGAUAUCGAACCCCAUGAGAUGCGAGGAAGCUAUGAUGAAUGUCGGUUCUGGGCGAAAAUUGUCAAGCGUGAAUCGAUCGACGACGAUCCCAACCGCGCUACCGGCAAAGUCACCUUUGAUUUGAAGAACGUUGGAUUAACUUUCAUUCCUGGAGACCGACUAGCGCUCAUGCCAAUGAAUUCUUGGAAUGAUAUAGAGAAAAUCGUCGGCGCUCUUGGCCUUGUUGAUCUACUUGACGCGAACGUACCGCUUGAUGCACAUACUCCAGACGCCGCAAAAUGGAAACGAUUUGCACAGCAUGAGGCUGAGUGCUCAAAACACGAAUAUCCACGCCUGACAGUCCGUGAUAUCUUGCGGAAAGGGAAACUCGCUCCUCUCACUAAGGAGAUGGUAAUGAAGGUUCAUAUGACGGUCCACACCUCGACCGCUACGCUCCGAGUUCUUGGAUCCGAUACCUGGCCUGUCAAUGGCUCGCUCGGUGAUCUCCUCAUCCUUGCUCUGAAUGAAGUCAAUGAGCAAGUUUGGGAUGAAGCAUUUUCUCUGGACGAUUUCUCCUGGCUCCUUUCCCUUGUCGCUCCAGAGGUACCUCGUACCUAUUCCAUCUCCUCCUUCCCGUUCGAUUUGAUGCCGGAAUCCCUCGACCUAUCCGUUGCAAGAGCCGAACACGAAGUUAGCCCUCUAUUACUGCCUCCUGAUUCCAGAGGUAUUAAGGUCAUGAGACCUGGUGUUUCCAGUGGGUUCCUCAACCCUGACCCUACGUUGGACCAUGAACCCAGACAUCAUUUGACGAGCAAGGGUUACGAGGAGGAGAAGAUUCUUGUGGGAGUCUCACGUCCGUUGAACUUCCAGCUUCCCAUCUCGCCCUCCGCCCCGGUGGCCAUGUUCGCAGGCGGUUCCGGAAUCGCACCGUUCCGAAGCUUUUGGCAAGCACGUAUCGGUUCUGGAGUUAUUGGUCGUAAUAUCCUCUUCCUGGGCGUUCAAUCUCGCCAGAAGUUCUUGUACAAACAUGAGCUUCGAGAAUAUGUUCUUUCCGGAAAGCUAGAGCUUCAUGUUGCUUUCUCCCGAGACUCGAAUGGACUGUUUUACGACCCUGUUGCGAGGGAUCUCGUAGAGAAGCGGACGGAACCACGAUACAUUGACCAAACCAUCAUGGACCAUGGACCGCUCGUUUGUGAUAUGGUGAUCUCGACAAAGCUUGGUGGACAUGGAGGCUACCUGUACGUCUGUGGCUCCUUAUCUCUAUAUGAGACCGUCAUGUCCGGCAUACGGAAAGCACUAUACAAGUAUCGAGCUGUAACCAGCGGAGGUGUUGAUGAAAUGCUUGCUCAAGCGUUCGCAGAGAGAAGGUUCAUGCUUGAUGUGUUCAUGACUCCACGUACGAUGAGCGAGAACGAGAAAUCCAUCCCGCUGAGCGAGCUUGCGAGACAUACUGGACAUAGGGAGAAGAGCAGGAUGUGGAUUGGUGUGCAUGGAUGUGUUUAUGAUGUCACGGAAUUUCUGCCUAUUCAUCCUGGUGGGACGAUGAUUGUGGCGGGAUCUGCAGGCUUGGACGCCAGUGUCACUUUCGAUGAAGUGGCUCAUACGUCUAAUCCAGAGGUUAUGAGUCUUCUCGGGAAGUACUUCAUCGGAUAUCUCAUGCCCAAACCCACGUUCCAAUUGCCAGAGGUCAACGACUUAUAUGACCUUUGGGUGGACUACCUGCGGACUUGUGUCGAGAGUUUGACUACCCUUUAUUUCGAAGUAGAUACGUUACAGAAAGAUGCCAAGACUUGGUUUUCAGGUGGUCUCCUUUCGACUCAUGCCAUUCGUAAAUUCUACCAGCUUCAGAGCCGGCUUCUUACCUCGACUGGUUUUCCCGUUCUGUUUGGGUCCAAGUUACAAGAACUCUACCUCCAACUUUCGUUUUCCAUCGCCAAUAGCGACGAUCAGUCCCUACUCCCAGACGUCAUCGGUACCAUAACCCAUGCUACCUCCAGUCCAGCUGCCAUUCAAGCCCGUAAAGAGAUAGCAGAGCUCGGCGAGUUCGUCAGUAACGCAGCAACAUCCGCUCCUGCUUUCGAACACGGUAUCAUCAGCUACACCAGAAACGUUCUAAACCUGGACGUUCGAUUCCUUGAAUAUGUUCGGGAGGACAUUUGCGCUGGCUACGAUGCUUUCCUUCGCGUACGUGAUGUCCUCAAGACCUAUCCGAACAAGGAGAAGCAGGCACUACACAAGAUCUCAACAAUCCUCAUGUCCUUCCUCCAACGUAUUGCCGAACGAGUGGAGAGUUUCUACGUCGAUCUUGCUGCACAAUCACUUUAUCAUCCAGAGCGAGAAGCUAACCCUGCGCGUGCUCGAUGGCGAUUUAUCCAUCGUCGUAUCAAGGAUGGCAGUUUCUUCGUCUUAACCAGGGACCUCAAAGCGGGUGCUCGUGGAGUAGAGAUGGAUCUGAGGAGCGAGGGGGGUAUGAAAGCCUCCAACACGUUCGGACCCGAAUCCAGAGGUGGUGGCAGGAGGAAGAGAGAGAGCGUUACUUUUGAUCAAGUGUUAUUUCAAGCGGUGUCUACAGUGGCCAAGUCGCCUACCAUCCAGAGGAGAGCCCGAGAAGAUGAAAUUGAAACGCCACGACCGGGUGCGGCGAUGACGAUGACGACUACCACGAGGCCAUUGAGACUUGCAGAUGCUCAUACUGCUCGAGCAAAAAGAGGACGAAAUGUAGAGACUAGUUUUGAGGAACAGAUAUCUGCCAGGGCAACGAACCGAAUGUCGGUGUUUAUGCAAGGGCGGAUGAAAGAUAUUCGGAGGUUGUCAAAGAGUAUGAACGGAUCGUUUUCACUCGAUCAUGCUUUGGCGGUUUAUGGGAACGGCGAUGGUGUAGGUAGUGGCAGCAGCAGCAGCUCAUAUCGUCUGGGUGGUAGUAGGAACGGAACAGGUUCUCCGGGAUCUGCCACGAGCGAUUUUGAGUACGCCUCUAGUUCCUCAGAUGCAUCUGACGUAGUACCACGACCUGUUGCUGUACCCAUGCCAUUGUCGUCUUCGUCUCGAUCGCAUAGUCGGGCAUCAAGUCGCCAGACAUCGUUGGACAAGUUGAACGGGACACCCACAUCAUCACGGUCGCUUUCGAUAUCAAGGAAGGACUUGCAUAAUGCAACGUUUGGGAGGAAGUUGUCGGUCUAUGGUGGCUCUAGGUCUGGUGGUUCACGGGCUGGUGAUUCUUCGUCCAAGGAGAAGGUUCCUCCGUUACCGCCCAAGGGCAGCCAUUGGUGA